AAACUUUUUAUGUAGCGUAAUUUUAACCUAAAUUAACUGAAAAUAACCCUAGAACCUAGUGUAAACUAUCUCUUUUUAAUCAACAUCAGCGACAGCAUGUCCCAUCCUCUACACCACGUAGCCUACUCUGGCUAUUUCAAUGAUAAAAUAAUAGUGAAUAUAUACUAAUUCGUUUUAAACACUACUGCAAAAUUUUAAUCACAAUAUUCAUGUCAUGACAUGCUUUAUCGCAUUAGUACAAUUUAGGUGCCGCUCACAUACUGCUCUACAGACCUCAUGCAUGGUGUUGCCCAGGUUCACAUGUAUAAGAGUAGGCGGCGGAAUGGUGGGCAGGCUAUACAUCCAGACUACCAGGAGAACGUCCUGACUGCUCGCGAGCAUGUUGAACAGGACAGGCAGUCACAAAACGGAACCUUUAGGCGUUAUCAUGGGGGUGACAUGCAGUGCCCAAUCUGCCUCAAUCAUGCCAGAUUUGCCGUGGAAACAAACUGUGGGCACAUGUUUUGCGGCCUGUGUAUAAUAACCUACUGGCAGCAUGGUACAUGGUUAGGGGCAGUCAGCUGUCCUGUAUGUAGGCAACAGGUUACAGUGCUGCUAUGCUAUUUCAAUGAGGCAGUACUCAGUGAGCAAGAUAUAGAAGAAAGAAAUCAAUUAAUAGUGGACAUCAAUGGAUACAAUAGAAGAUAUUCCGGGGAACCUAGGAGCGUACUGGACUAUCUCUACGACCUUCCGACGUUGCUCAGACAUGCCGUUAGCGAGUUUUUCUCCGUCGGCGGGCUUAUGGCCAUGUUUCGCCUGCGGCUCCUGCUCUGCUUCUUCGCAGCUCUUCUCUAUUUGAUAUCUCCGUUAGACAUUCUUCCCGAGGCAGUUUUUGGAAUCCUCGGUUUGAUAGAUGAUGUGUUUGUGUUGCUUCUACUGGCUGUGUACGUUUCCAUCAUCUACAGGAGAUACUUGGCAGAUCGGGGGGCAGAGGGAGCUCAAUAGCAGACCAGGGGCAGGGACAUGUAACAACAACCGUGACUGUGCAAGCUAGUUGGUGGCCGAGUAGUUGAUGCAUGUAGGGACUCGUAAGUUACUGACAGUCAUCCUUAAAGUAUGCUAAGUCUACAAUAGCCUACCUGCUGGUCAGGCGUGUGAUUGCUCUUUUUCCCCAUAGAUAGCACCACCUGCAGGGUCCCUAUAUAUAUUCCCAUGUAGACCACAUUUUCUUCUGUGUUGCUGUAGUUCAGCUUUUCCUGCGUAGCCCAUUUGCCCGAUUGCUCCAUCACAGGGCUAUAUGGCAAGUAGGAAGGAGCGAGGUGGAGAAUGCAGAUUACCUGAUCAAUAGUGUCAUCGCUAUUUCAAUUUAAAUGUGGCUUUGUAUGUUGGUCGUGUGAUCAUUUACGUUCAAUUAAUGAGCAAAUUUCGCCACAUGCACCACAGGCUUGUAUUUAAUUGUACCACAGACUACUGCAUAGGUCCACUGUGGCUCAAGGGGUUGUUGUCGUAACAGGUACUACAGAUAUGUACCCGAGCUACAUAUAUGUAUACACAAAGUGUACAGACUUGUACUAC